GGGAUCGUCUUAUUGCAUUUCGUGUAACAGUCAGAGGAGCGUCUUCUCAUCUCCAGUUCCUUCCUUUGGAUUAUAAACUUGCGACAUGGACCACAACACUCUGUGUUUCUCUGGUGGAAAUGAAACGUCUCCUUCUUGUUGGAUGUUAUUUUGUAUAUCCUCAUUGGGAAAGAAGGAUUUAUAGCGGGUGAAGGAUGACAAAGAGAAUGGAUCAGAGAGUGAAGCGAUGGCUGCCGAUUUGGUGCUGCUUCCUUUUGUGGAGGACGACUCGCGGACAGACUCGCUACAGCAUCCCCGAGGAACUGAAACCCGGUUACGUGGUAGGAAACCUCGCCAAAGAUCUAGCUUUGGGUCUCACCGAGAUGUACGACCGAAAGCUGCGUGUCGCAUCUGAAGCCGGGGAGCAGUACUUCAGCGUGGACGUGGGGAAGGGAGAGCUGCUGGUGAAUGACAGGAUAGACAGAGAGGCUCUGUGCGGACAAAGCACUCGCUGUGUGCUGCCGUUGCAGGUUGUACUUGAAAACCCGCUUAGCUUACAUCGAAUAGAGGUGGAAAUCAAAGAUAUAAAUGAUCAUUCCCCGAGGUUUAAUACGGAGGAAUUGUCUUUAAAAAUUGCGGAAUCGGCAGCAGUCGGGACACGUUUUUCUUUAGAGAGCGCGGAAGAUUCAGACGUCGGACGGAAUGAUGUCAAGUCCUACACGCUGACGAAGAAUGAGUGCUUUACAUUAAAAAUGAGGGAGGUUGAAGAUGGAAAAAUGGUCCCAGACUUAGUAUUAGAAAAGCCUCUGGACAGAGAGAAAGCCGCGGUCUAUCAGUUAACACUGACUGCGCUGGACGGAGGGAACCCGGUCAUGUCGGGAACCGCGCAGAUAUUAAUCACAGUUUUGGAUAAUAACGACAAUUUUCCUGUGUUUGAUAAAAGCAUAUAUCGAGUGUCCCUGACGGAAAACUCGCCGCGUGAUACGUUUGUCGACAAAGUAAAAGCAACUGAUGCCGACGAGGGACCGAACGGAGAAGUAGAGUUCUCGUUCGGGUCACGAACUCCGGCCAGUAUAUUGUCAUUGUUUGAAAUCAACUCCUCAACGGGAGAAAUUCGUUUACGAGGGGAUUUGGAUUAUGAAAAGGAAACGACGUACAAAGUCGAGGUGACGGCAAAAGACAAGGGAGCUCCGGUGAUGGAGAGCCACUGUCGACUGCAGGUCGAUGUCAUUGACGUCAAUGAUAACGCUCCAGAAAUAAUUCUCACGUCCGAACCCCAGCCGGUCCGGGAGGAUGCACCGAGCGGAUCUGUUGUCGCUUUGUUAAACACCCGUGACGCCGACUCCGGGAACAAUAGUAGAGUAACGCUGCAGCUGCGCAAAGGUUCUCCAUUUAGUCUUAAAGCCUCAUUUUCUAACAAUUACGCACUAGUCACCAGCGGGCCUUUAGACAGGGAACGUUUUUCUGAGUAUAAUAUUGAGAUCACAGCCACUGACUCGGGUUCUCCUCCUCUGUCCAGUAAGAAAACUAUACCAGUCACCGUCACUGACGUGAAUGACAACCCUCCUGUGUUCUCUCAGUCCUCUUAUAACGUCUAUUUGAAAGAGAACGGAGUAGCAGGAUCUAUCCUGUUCUCAGUCUCUGCUUCUGACCUGGAUUCUGGUGAGAACGCUAAAAUCUCUUACUCCAUUCUGGACUCGAAGGUUCAGGAGGUGUCAGUCUCAUCCUAUGUUUACAUCAACUCAGAUAACGGCAGCAUCUACAGCAUGCACUCGUUUGACUAUGAGAAGCUGAAGGUGUUUGAGAUUCAGGUCCAGGCAAAGGAUCAGGGCUCUCCGUCUCUCAGCAGCAACACCACCGUCCAUGUGUUCAUCCUGGACCAGAACGACAACGCCCCCUCUGUCAUUUACCCGUCCUCUGCUGCCCUGGGCUCCCUCUCUCAUCAGAGGAUGCCCCGCUCCGCUAAAGCCGGUCACCUGGUUACCAAGGUGACGGCCGUGGAUGCCGACUCGGGUCAUAACGCCUGGAUCUCCUACAAAGUGGCGGAGGCCACGGACGCCUCUCUGUUCACGGUCAACCAGUACACAGGGGAGGUGAGGACUAAACGCUCCGUGUCCGAGCACGACGACUCCUCUCAGAGACUCCUCAUAGAGAUCAGAGACGAUGGGGAACCGGUCCAGUCCGCCACCGUCACCGUGUCCAUCCUGCUGGAGGACGGGCUCCAUGAGCCCAUCUUGGACCUGAGACACAAAGUGUCCGAGCCCAGCAAGAAGAGCGACAGACUGGCCCUGUAUCUGAUCCUGUCUCUGGCCUCGGUGUCCGUGCUGUCGCUGGUGACUCUCCUCAUCUUAGCGGUCAAAUGCAUGAGGAGCAGCAGAAGCAGCGGCGCUUGCUGCAUGAGACGCUCAGACUGUGAGGAUUACAAGAACCCCAACAGAAACCUGCAGAUCCAGCUCAACACUGAUGGACCUAUCAAGUACGUGGAGGUCCUGGGAGGAGACAUGAUGUCUCAGAGUCAGUCCUUCAGGUCCUGCAUGUCUCCCAUGUCAGAGUACAGUGAUUUCACGCUGAUCAAACCCAGCAGCACCACUGACUUUAAGGAGGUGAUCAGUGUCCUGGAUGCUUCUUUACCGGACAGCACCUGGACCUUUGAGAGCCAGCAGGUGAGCAGAAAGCAGAUAUAAAUACUCAGACAAUGU